AUUCAACACUCGACGAUGAAACUCUGGCUGGCUAUCACUUUGGUGGCUCUGGCGCUUGUCCAGGCCCAAGGCAGUAUCUUUGAGAGCACCUUCAAGCGGCUACAUGGCGAACCGCCGCUGCCCAGCAAUCAGAAUCGUGCGGAUGUGGUGCAAACUUUGUGGAUUGAACAGCAAUUGGAUCACUUUGAUGAUGCAGAGCAACGCACCUGGCAAAUGCGCUAUAUGCUAAACGAUGCGCUUUAUCAAUCGGGUGGUCCCUUGUUCAUUUAUUUGGGCGGUGAAUGGGAGAUCUCGGCGGGUCGCAUCACUGGCGGACACAUUUACGACAUGGCCAAGGAGCACAAUGGGCUGUUGGCCUACACAGAGCAUCGCUAUUAUGGCCAGAGCAAACCCUUGGAAGAUCUUUCCAAUGAGAACAUUCAAUAUUUGAAUGUCAGACAAGCGCUCGAGGAUUUGGCUGUCUUUAUCCGCACUCUCAAAGCCACCCAUGAGGGUUUGUCCGAGUCCAAGGUCAUCAUUGUGGGUGGCUCGUACUCCGCCACAAUGGUCACGUGGUUCAAGAAGGUUCAUCCCGAUCUUGUGGCCGGUGGCUGGGCCUCCAGUGCCCCACUCUUUGCCAAGGUUAACUUUGUAGAAUACAAAGAGAUUACGGGGCAAUCAAUUGCCUUGAUGGGUGGCUCCGCAUGCUAUAAUCGCAUUGAGAGUGGCAUAGCCGAAAUGGAGACAAUGUUUGCCACCAAACGUGGAGCGGAGGUCAAGGCUCUGUUGAAACUUUGCGAGCGAUUUGAUGUCUACAGCGAUUUGGAUGUUUGGACAUUGUUUAGCGAGAUUUCCGAUAUAUUUGCAGGCGUUGUGCAGACACACAAUGCUGGUCAGAUUGAGGGAGUUUGUGCCAAGAUUAUGUCAGGCUCGAAUGAUUUAAUUGGUGUUGCCAGCUAUUUGUUGGAUGUCUUCUCGGCAAGUGGCGGCAAGUGCAAUGAUCUCAGCUACGAUGCCAUUCUGUCCGUGCUCCUAGACACUAGCUACACGGGGAAUAUCAUGCGCCAGUGGAUCUUUCAGACCUGCAAUGAGUACGGCUGGUAUCAGACCUCUGGCUCCAGGGCUCAGCCUUUUGGCACUAAAUUUCCCGUGGCUUUGUACACCACCAUGUGUGGGGAUAUCUAUGGUUCGCAGUACAGCAACGAGUACAUCGACAGCCAAGUGGCAGCCACAAAUGAAUACUUCGGUGGCUUUACACCCGGCGUGGAGAAUGUCUACCUGACGCAUGGACAUUUGGAUCCGUGGCGCGCAAUGGGCAUACAAGAUGAAGCUCAGGCGACGGUUAUACCAGAGUAUGCCCACUGCAAGGACUUCAAUUCCAUAAGUGACAGCGAUACAGCAGAGAUGAGAGCUUCCAAAGAACGCAUUGCCGAAUUGGUUAGAGAAUGGAUUAAAUAGUGGAGCAAAAGUAUAAAAAUGUAAAGCAAAUAAUUAAUUUAAGUUGAAUAAAUAUUGAAAGCCGAGCAGUGGUA